GUGUUAUUACUAGUCAAUGCUGAAUUGGUUCUUGAAUUGGAAUCUGAUAGCUUAUAUCAAUUGGUGAAAAAAAACAAAAAAAUUUUGCAUGUCUUGUUUCCGAUAGAUGAAGUCCAAGUUCUGUCCCUGAGUGCACAGUUGGGAAGGGCAAACAUUGAUGAGAUCAACAAGAAAAAUUCUUGCAUUUUCAAUUCGGGAUAUGCUAAAUACACCCAAAAAAUUCUCUCCACAUCCAUCAAUUUGGGAUGGUUGUUUGGGCUAGUAAGAGUGUAACCGUAGAGAUUGGUAGUAGUGGUGGCUUUCAAGUGGGUAAAUGUUGAACCACUGAUAGUUUUGAUAAUCUUGGGGUAGACUGGAUAUUGUGUGGUACGGAUUAUACUUGUUUGAUUGAAGUGAUUAUGUGGCAUUAAAUUAGUAGUUAUAUCGUAAAUCUGGUGUAGUUUAUUUCCUUUAAUAAAAAGAUUAGCAUCAUCAGCAACGAAAAUAUGGGAGAACAGUGGGCAAGAUCUCGUAAUUUUGAACAAGAAAUUGUGUUGUUGAAAAUGAUUUAGAGGCACAUUGGCAACAAGCAGAAAAAAAUAUGGGGACAAAGGGUCUCCUCGAUGAAGACCUCUGGAGGGAAGUAAAGAAGCUUUCUUUUCUCAAUUAGCAAGCACUGAGUAGGAAACUGUUGAGACACUCUGCAUAACCCAUUGCACCAGAGCUUCUUCCAUGUUCCUGGGGCCAGAGCUUUGAAACAAAUUGGAAAAGAAACCUGAAUAUGCACAUUGAUGUCUUCAUUCAAAUUGAGCCAAACUCCACUGCUAUCAUUCACCUUGACUAAAUGACUCUGUUGGCAUCUCUAGGUUACAACUGCAUGAAAGAAAGGUCAUACUUUAGCCAUCAGAGCGGAGAGCAUUGUAAUACGCUUGCAGGAGGGAAACCACAGCUGGGAUUUAAUGAGUGGUGCAUCUGCCUCUGGUGGCACACGGACGGCUUUCUCCUACUGUGUACAGCAAAUACGAAAUUAUGACUACCAUCAUUAUCUCUGCCUUCUUGAACUUCCCUCAAACAUGCGGAAGGCUGCGUUUGCUCUCCGUGCUUUCAAUGUUGAAACAGCAAGAGCUAUGGAUGUUGCUUCUGAUCCCAAAAUCGGCCUUAUGCGCCUCCUUUGGUGGCGAGAAGCUAUAGACAAGAUAUUUGCCAACAAAUUAAUUGAGCACCCAAUAGCUCAGGCCCUGUCAUCAGUAAUAUAUGAGCAUAAAAUCAACAAGGGCUGGCUGACACGAUCCGUUGAAGCUCGAAUCAAUGAUGCAAAAAGAGAGGUUACUGAAAUCCCAGAAACAAUUGAAGAGUUGGAGCGGUAUGCUGAGGACACUGUUUCAACUAUCUUGUACAUGACUCUUCAAGCAGGUGGUAUCAAGUCCACUGCUGCAGAUCAUGCAGCUUCACAUAUUGGCAAGGCUAGUGGCCUUCUUUUGCUGCUUAAGUCGUUGCCAUACCAUGCCAGCCGCAACCGUCAGUUUUCUUACAUACCUGCUAACGUGGCAGACAAACAUGGGUUGUUGGUUAACCAGGGAGGCCAAAUGGAGAUUCGCAUGGACUCUCGUGACCGUUUGUGUGAUGCUGUUUUUGAGAUGGCAUCUGUGGCUAAUUCGCAUCUCCAAAAAGCUUGUGAAUUAGCUGGAACGGUGCCUGAGGAAGCUCGUCCAGUGCUUUUGCCGGCUGUGCCUGCCCAGGUUCUUUUGGAUUCUUUGAGACGUGCACAUUUUGAUGUGUUUGAUCCAAGAUUGGCGCGAGGGAUUCUGGGUAUUCCUCCUUUGUGGUACCAGUUGAAACUUAAGUGGCAUUCAUUGCGUGGAAAGUACUGAAAGUUUGUUUUGUUGAUUUUCCCAAUUGGUUGGCGGAGUUCAAUAGAAAUUUUAAAUCGUUCAAAAGGGAUUUGCCAUUUUCUUUGAACGCAUUCUUUGAUCUCUCAAGACCACUUCUGUGUGUUCUUGAUAGUAGCAUGCAUGGAAUGGUCUUGAGAACUUUUAAAAGCAAUUAAUGUGUAGUGGGAAAUUGCGAUUUUUGCAAUUUACUAACUCGUGAGCAUAUGUAUAAGAAAUUUUGCUUCAGAGAGAGCAUUGUAUUAUUGUUUUUGACUACGUCAAAUUCUUGUUGAGUAUCCGCGAUAAUCUGCAUGCUUGUUGAUAUUCCAAUUGAA